CUCAGAUUAAGAGACCGCAAGACAGCACACACCUGACAGACAGCCUAAGGAUGAGUGGACGAGUAGGAGACUUGAGCCCGAGACAGAAGGAAACCCUGUCUGAGUUUCGGGAGAGAAUCCAGGACAUCCUCACCCACCUGCCGGAAAAAGAUGACCACUACCUCUUGUGCUGGCUCAGAGCUCGUAAUUUUAACAUACAGAAGUCUGAAGCAAUGGUCAGAAAGCAUUUGGAGUUCAGAAGACAAAUGAAAGUAGAUACCAUUGUUGAAGACUUUAAACCUCCAGAGGUUAUUGAAAAGUACGUGUCUGGAGGGAUGUGCGGUUAUGACCGAGAAGGUAGCCCCAUUUGGUACGAUGUAAUUGGCCCCCUAGAUCCCAAAGGCCUUCUACUGUCAGCGACAAAACAAGACUUUCUAAAGACUAAAAUCCAACAUACAGAAAUGCUUCGGAGAGAGUGCAAACGCCAAUCUCAAAAACUGGGGAAACACAUUGAAUCGAUUACACUUAUCUAUGACUGUGAAGGCCUUGGUUUGAAACACAUGUGGAAGCCUGCCAUUGAGACAUAUGGAGAGGUUCUCACAAUGUUUGAGGACAAUUAUCCAGAAGGGCUAAAAAGGCUGUUUAUUAUCAAAGCUCCAGCCAUCUUUCCAAUGGCCUACAACUUAAUAAAACAUUUUCUUUGUGAGGAAACCCGGUGUAAAAUUGUCAUUUUAGGAAGUAACUGGAAAGAGGUGUUGAGAAAAAACAUUGACCCUGAGCAGCUUCCGGUGGUGUACGGAGGAACCUUAACAGAUCCUGAUGGUGAUCCUCGCUGCAGAACAAGAAUAAAUUAUGGAGGUGUUGUUCCCAAGUCGUAUUACAUCCAGGACUCCAUGAAGGUUCAGUACGAAAAUAAUGUCACCAUCAGUCGUGGUUCAGUGUUUCAGCUCGAAUAUGAGGUCACUACACCCAACACACUUUUAAGAUGGCAGUUUGCCAGUGAUGGAGCAGAUAUUGGUUUUGGUGUUUAUAUGCGCACCAAAAAGGACGGAAGUCAAAAAGUGACAGAAAUGAUCCAGGUCUUGCCCACUGAAAGGUAUAAUGCUCACCUGGUCCCAGAGGACAGCUGCCUGACCUGCCCUGAGCCUGGAGUCUAUGUGUUAUGUUUUGACAACAGCUAUAGCAUUCUUCAGUCCAAGAAAGUGAGCUACAAAGUGGAAGUUGUUCCUACGGCUGAUUUGCAAAUGCUCAGUCCACACAGCAGAGGAGAUAUGAGACUGCAAUAAGCCUAAU